CGGCCAUACUGGAUCCUGUGGGAGAGGAGUAACCAGUACUGAAGGUGGAGCGGAGCUGCCAUGAACAGGCAUUUGAAGACCUUGUUGCCUUGUGCGUUGAGGUUUCAGGCGACCGAUGUUUUGUUCUCGUCUGCUAGGACUUCCUCACCAUGCUCACCAUGUCUACUGACACGUCUUGCACCUUUACGCAGCCACACGACGAACGUAAAAACGCGCUCAUACCUUCAGUAUCUUAAAAGGAAAAUCAAAGCCCCACCAGCCCCUCCAUACAGCCAUGUGUGUCAGGUAGGGGAUCCUGUUCUGCGCUCAAAGGCUGCAGCUGUGGACCCGGGAGCUAUUCGAGGAGCAGAGGUACAGCAGGUGAUAAAGACCUUGGUAGCGGUCAUGCGCAAACUGGAGUGUGUGGGACUGAGCGCACCGCAGAUUGGCGUACCGCUCCAGAUCAUAGCUCUGGAGUAUCCAGACAAGAUGCUGGAGGAAAGCUCACCUGCCUCCGUGCAGGUCCGCGGCCUGGUCUCAGUGCCUUUGAAGAUAUUUGUUAAUCCUCAGCUACGUGUCCUAAAUGGACAGACUGCCACCUUCCAGGAGGCCUGUGAGAGCAUCUCAGGAUACUCAGCCUCUGUGCCACGCUACAUUUCUGUAGAGGUCUCAGGACUGAAUGAGAAAGCUGAGCCUGUGACCUGGCAAGCGAGUGGUUGGCCGGCCAGGAUACUGCAGCACGAGAUGGAUCACCUCAGUGGAGUUCUUUACAUUGAUCGUAUGGACAGUAAAACUUUCAUUAAUGUGAACUGGGAACAAUACAAUGAAUAGCAGUUACAUAUAAACUACUGGUCAUUUUGAGUAGCCUUGGAACCGGUUUUAAUGACUGAUCUGUGCUUUAACGGUCUGUAACCAUGUAUUAUUUCAUCAUUGGAUGUGUUUAUGCAAAUGAUCUGCAUAAAAAUAUAUGGAGGGGGAAGACUUAACUCUAGACAGUUAAGUCUGAUAAGACAUUGUAAAGUAAUAUUAAUGUCUUGUGUUUAAAGCUGAUAUUAAAGGUUGCCUGUUUUGAGGACACCAA